CUAGAGGAGGAGCUCGGAAUUUCUCCUCUUCUCUAUCAACUGCUUUCGACAGGGCAAACGCCGAACGGCCAUUUUGAACUUUGGUCGUAGAGGUAGAACGUCGGCGAAAUUUCUUCGCAGCAUCGUGCAUGAAAUGUGAAGUGCGGGACGUAGUUAGUGGCCGGUAUCUGUUGGUUCGGGAAAAAAAAUGUGGAGUGAUGGAGCGUCGUCCAACUAACCUUUGCUGAGAAAAUGUUAACAAGAACCAUACAUCGAGGUGGUAUGUAAUGCAAACCGUAUCCCAAGUUUUGCUUCCAGAGUUACAUGGUCUAGUUCGUAUUGAAUUUCCAUUACCAACCCAAGGCCCGCGAUGAUUUGAGAUAUUGGCAGGCUCAAUUCCUCCGUUUCCGUCAGGGAACACCACCUUACCUAUGUAACGGUUGAAAGUAACGCAUGAUUCUUUGCCGUCGGAGUUCGAAUCGUGCAUCCUAGUCGCACCGUCUUGGUUCCCAAUUUAAACUUCCCUGACGCCUGAUGAUGACCGCCAAUGUCCCAUUAUCAUCGUAAACUUCUUUUUACUUUUCAGGAAACGCCUCCACAAUGGUUUACAUGGAACCGGCCGCGUUUCGCUCCUGGAAUCGAAUUUUCUAAUAGUUGCCACCAAGACUUUAUCAUGAGCAGCUUGGAGUGUGAUGUGCUGGCCGUGAUGUCGGAGUGGUCGGUAGAAUAUCCAACGGACCAACUUGAACGAUGGGAGGAAGUGUGGGACUGGAUUUUUGAAAAAACAUACUGCUUGAAGGAAAAAUAUGUGGUUACCAGAAGUGGAGAGGCAGUAUCCCGGGACUGUUGCGAUGGUUUUCUCGAUCCCUACUCGACGAGGGAGACCCACUGGCUCGUAGAAAGACACAGUACUCCAGUCAUACGUUUCCCUGAAGAGGUUCGUGAAUAUAAAGGACAUCGAAGAUAGGCGCUACACCAAGUCACUUAUCCGGAGUGAAGAUAAUGGUUUGGAAAGAUCGGCCCUACAUCUUUGAGAUUCGCAGGAUGCAAUAGAUUAUUGUGGAGUUCGGUGGCUCGUCGAAAGAUGGUAAUGGGGAAGAGUCCCCGAUUUAUAACUGGAACCAGGUGGAUUGUCAAGGGCUCGAAGGAUUGUGGGCAGUUUAUAAUCCAAAUUAUGAACAUCACUUCAAGUUGCAAGUUUUAUUGUAGAAUUUGUCAGACUUUUACUUGCUUCCUUUGCAAAAUAUAUAUUUUGACAUUUUUCUAUAUUCAAUUGUCUGAUUGCUUUUUUAUUUAUAUAAGUGAAUUGAUAGAUUAUCCGCAUUCGCGUCUAGUGCGCUCCCACGAUGUAAAGUGUAGCGUAAGAGGAUCUCGUCUCUCUUAAUCAAAGAAAGAAAACGGCCUAAGUUGGGACCAUCCAGGGAAGGCCUAGGUUGCCUCCUUGCAUGAGCUCAGGGGGCUAUGCGGCUGUCCACGGCAAUGUGUGUGGGAAAUGUGGCGCACUGUCUGGUCCUCAGAAAACACUGGACUCAGGGUACAUAGAAAAGAGAUCUCAGAGACAACGGUUGUGCAUGCUAACUCAAGUCUAUUCAAUUCUUGCACUGAGAAAAGAGUGUUGUUAUAACAAAUAAAUAUAAUUCGUUGACUAUUUUGCGAAAGCAUUUUUAACUGUUGAAAAAAUUAUUAACGUGCAAUAAACAUGUGUGCUGUUACAACUACAAUUGAAAUUUUUUAGUAUUGGAAGCAAAUAGAAUACUAACCUCUCACAAAAAUACGUUUAUUAUUGAAAACAUAAUAUAAAAUUGUAGCAGGCAAAGUCAGAAUUGAUUAAAAAAAAUUUCUCUUUGACCAAAAAGUUAGCACUAAUUUGAGGGAAUUUCAUUCGUUGUUAUUUCGAAUGAAGAUUUAUUAACAGUUACCAAAUCUUGUUUGAGGAUUCGAAGCUCGUAAACCCACUAAUCGCACGUUCCAAGCAGGUUCUUUACAUUUUACACGCGGUUCGUAGGCCGAGCGGUUGACUUAUAAUAAAAGCCAGUGUGACAGUCCAACAGUAAUGUUAUGCAACUGAUAUUAAAAUGUUAGGGCUUAUCCGAGCUUCUCCCAUUAUUUAAAUGUUGGUGCAGUGGAUUUUCAUAGAAUUCGUUGGCUCCUCGAGGGCAUAUAUGAAUUUGUAACUUCGUUCAAUAGUAACCUAAAAUAUAUCUUCAUUAGACAUUUAAUUGUAUCUUGUUUUGUGUGUUAGAAUUUAUUAUCCUUCCCAUAAAGUAGUCUGUAAGUGAGUUUGUAAGUUAUUUUCAGACUUUAGUCCUGAUUUAAUAGUAUCCUCUGUCGAUUGAGCUACUUGGUUUUACUGAAAUUUUCAUUGCUCAACGCAAGUGAAUCUUUCGUUAUGGUCCAGCAUCCAUAAAAACAGAAGGAACCAAAUGGGAAGUACGUUGGUAAACUGCACGUUAAAGAACAAACUCUAAAAAAACGUUUCACUGUUCAAAAACGGGGCAGGUUUUUUUAAGCCUUUUUGGCAAGCGGUUCAAAACCAUUUUUUCACUAGAGAAGUUAAUUGUUAUAAAAUCUCUCAAAUCGGGACAAAUUCUUUAAUAUUACUGAAGAAAUUCCAUAUUUCUCUUCUUUUGAAGAAUAUCAUUUUCAUAUUAAUAUUAAUCAUUCUAAUUUUGUUUCAAUUGAAUUUGAAGAAACGUCAUCAUUAUGUUUAACUUUUUUUUUAUUUGUGAGUUUAAAGACAGAGAAAUAAGAAAACUCAUAUCUCUAAGCAGUGAAGAUUUUAAAGUGAUUGUUAAAUGUUUCUCAUUUCUUUGCUAUUAUGUAUACAUGCAUAGUUUCUACCAAUGUUCGAAAUUUUUACGCGAGAUUCUGAUUCUAAUUUCGAUAAUAUUAUUUUCCGUAGUGUUACUUAAUCAGGUGCUAAGUGUAUAAUCUGAAUUCAAAUUCUGUCUUUGUGUUAGAGGAAUUUUAUUGUGCUUAGAGACGAUUCAUAUAUAUUGGAGAUAUGUGAAUAAUCUGAAUUCAAAUUCUGUCUUUGCGUUACAGAAAAUUCUUUUCUCCAAGAGGUUCGCACACUUCGUGGAAGGCCGCCGACUUUGAGAUGUCGCGACUUACGUCGGGCAAGGAGGGAUCGAUUUCUACGUGAUUCGUUGGCUCCUUGAUGGCAGAUGGCGACAUGAGUCGCACACCAACGAUUGGGAUCACCCUGCUUGGUACUCACCGAGGGAGCUGUGCGCAGCUUAGGACGAGGAUUAUUAGUCUGGCACUUCAAUUGUUGGUUUUAUAAAAUACAUGUCCAGUCGCCAUUUAAUUGGA